AUGAAUAAGCCCCCAUCUCACCCAAGGAAGAAACGACGAGAUUUCAUACCAUAUUUUGUUGGAUUUGUAGUGUUUUUGUAUUGCACCGUUCACCUGGUGUCGUUCACGGCCAAAGGCGCAGAGGAAACGCGCAGGAGCAGAGCGCGCAGAGCUUUGGAGAAUGAGACCGAGUGCGUCUCUCCGCAGUCGUCUGAGUUUCCUGACGGCUUCUUCACGGUUCAGGAGAGGAAAGACGGCGGCCUGGUCAUUUACUUCAUGAUCAUCUUCUACAUGCUGCUGGCCGUGUCCAUCGUGUGCGACGACUACUUCCUCCCGUCGCUCGAGGUCAUCAGCGAACGCUUGGGACUCUCUCAGGAUGUAGCAGGGGCCACUUUUAUGGCGGCCGGCAGCUCUGCACCUGAACUGGUCACUGCCUUUCUGGGUGUUUUUGUGACAAAGGGAGACAUUGGAGUGAGCACCAUCGUGGGCUCAGCCGUCUACAAUCUGCUGGGGAUCUGUGCAGCCUGCGGACUCCUCGCCUCCAUGGCUGGACGUCUGACCUGCUGGCCGCUGUUCAGAGACUGCCUGGCGUAUGGCAUCAGUGUGUCGGCAGUUAUCGCCAUCAUCUCAGACAACAAAGUUUACUGGUACGACGCGGCCUGCCUGUUGCUGGUGUACGCCGUCUACAUCGUGGUGCUGUGCUUUGACCUGCGCAUCAGUGAGUUUGUGCUGAGGAGACUGAGCCCGUGCUGCUGGUGUUUGGGACGAGGGUCUGAGGAGAAGAGCGAGACGCAGACUCUGAUUGGCUGGAACCAGGACUCCAGUCUGAGGGUGCACCGCCGCUCCAGGACAGACAGCGGGAUAUUUCAGGACAGCUCCGGGUACUCACACCUGUCCCUCAGCCUCCACGGACUCAACGAGAUACCAGAGGAGCACAAAAGUGUGUUUGCGGUGCCGGAGAGCGACCUCAAGCGUGUCCUUUGGGUGCUGUCUCUGCCCAUCAUCGUGCUGCUGUACCUCACCAUCCCGGACUGCAGGAGGCGCUUUUGGAAGCAGUGGUUCAUGUUCACGUUCUUCAUGUCGGCUGUGUGGAUCUCAGGCUUCACCUAUGUCCUGGUCUGGAUGGUCACCGUUGUAGGGGAGACUCUGUCCAUCCCCGACACAGUGAUGGGGCUGACGCUGCUCGCCGCCGGGACGAGUAUCCCAGACACAGUGGCCAGCGUCAUGGUUGCCAGAGAAGGUAAAGCUGAUAUGGCCAUGUCCAACAUCGUGGGCUCAAACGUGUUUGACAUGCUGUGCCUCGGUCUGCCCUGGUUCAUUAAAACCGCCUUCGUGGACACCAGCUCCCCCGUGGAAGUCAACAGCAACGGUUUGGUCUUCAUCUCGGCCACUUUGCUCCUUUCCAUCGUCUUCCUCUUCGUGGCUGUCCAUAUAAACAAAUGGAGGCUGGACUGGAAGCUCGGCCUGGUGUCGCUCUUCUGUUACAUCGUUUUUGCAACCUUGUCCAUUUUGUACGAGCUCGGAAUUAUAGGGAAUAAUCCGGUAAGACUGUGCGGUGACUGAGGCGGAGACUUGUACGACUUAUUACCCCCCUCGGCUUUCUGUCGGCCAAAAGAAUGCUACGGAAAUUCAGUUGUUCCAAAUGUUUAAGCUUUUAAGUCGUCCAAAGUCAACGU